AUGGAGCCACAAGGAAAAUUAUCUAAAAGGACUUCUUGGGUACAGGGGGCUACAGGGAUUAACAAAUGUUCAUGGACUACCUAAAGAACAGUGGACCUAGGUGUGGGCCAGGUAUCCCACUCGUUCUUAGUUAUCCCUGACUGCUCCUACCCACUGAUGGGGAAACUUACAAAAAUUAGAGCUCAAAUUCACUUUCAACCCAGAGGCACUACAAUCUCUGAUGGUCAGGGGCAACCUAUUCAGGUACUGACUGUGACCUUAGAGGAUGAAUAUAGACUGUACCAACAACCCAUCCCCGGCAAUCAGGAUAUAGAUUAUUGGCUAAAGGUGUACCCUGAAGCAUGGGCAGACACAGGAGGUAUGGGUCUGGCCAAACACCAGCCAGCAGUGUUUGUGGAACUUGAGCCUGGAGCGGACCCAGCUAGGGUUCGUCAAUACUCUGUUGGGGAAACUCGAGCAGGAAUAACCCCCCAUAUUCAGCGACUGUUAGAUCGGGGGGUCCUGUGGUCCUGCCAGUCAGCCUGGAACACUCUGCUUCUGCCUGUUGAAAAGCCUCAGUCCAACCACUACCGGCCCAUCCAAGACCUUAGGGAGGUGAACAAAAGGGUGAUGAACAUUCACCCCACUGUCCCUAACCUGUAUACCCUUCUAAGCUCCCUGCCACCUGAAAGGCAAUGGUAUACAGUACUAGAUCUAAACGAUGUCUUCUUUAGUCUGCCCCUGGCUCCCAAAGGUCAACAACUAUUCGCCUUCCAGUGGUCAGACAAGGAAAAAGGAAUCAAUGGACUACUAAUGUGGACCAGACUCCCACAAGGCUUCAAGAAUUCUAUCUUCGAGUGCCUGCAAACCCUGGGGGACCUAGGUUACCGAGCCUCAGCCAAGAAAGCUCAAAUCUGCAAGCCUGAGGUGACAUACCUAGGGUAUCUGUUAAAAGACGGGCAACGCUGGCUAACACAGGCCAGAAAAGAAGCAGUUUUAAACAUCCCUGUAUCCCAGACCCCAAGGCAAAUGGAGUUUCUGGCUGGCUUUUGCAGGCUGUGGAUACCUGGGUUUGCUUAAUUAGCCAGGCUUCUGUAUGAAGGCAUGGAAGAAACUCAGCCCUUCCAGUGGACCAUGGAGAUGUGCAGAGCCUUCGAUCAAAUUAAGACUGCAUUGCUGUCUGCACCUGCUCUAGGGCUACCUGAUGUCAUGAAACCAUUCUAUCUGUACAUUGAUGAGUGCAAGGGGAUUGCCAAAGGGGUCCUGACCCAGUGUCUGGGUCCCUGGAAGAAGCCACUGGCCUACUUGUCAAAAAGGCUGGACCCUGUGGCAGCUGGCUGGCCACCUUGCUUGAGGAUGAUAGCUGUUGCCACUGCCCUAAUGGUUAAAGAUGCUGACAAACUAACCUUAGGACAAGAGCUAUAUAUCACCACCCCCCAUGCCAUCGAGGGAAUCCUGAAGCAACACCCGGACCCAUGGCUAAGCAAUGCCUGGCUCACCCAUUAUCAAGGACUGUUACUUAACCCUCUCAGAAUCACCUUCCAGGCACCCUCAGCUCUCAAUCCCGUGACCCUGCUACCCAACCCCAACUUGGAGCCUCCCUUCCAUAACUGUGCACAGAUCCUAGCACAGGUCCACAGCAUCAGAGAAGACCUCAAGGACCAGCCAUUGCCAGAUUUGGAGCUUAUCUGGUUUACAGAUGGGAGCAGCUUCAUUCAACAAGGUCAGAGAGAUGCAGGUGCAACAGUGGUAACAGAGACUGAAGUGGUAUUGGCUGAGCCCCUCCCAAUGGGAACAUCAGCCCAAAGAGCUGAACUGAUAGCCUUGAUCCAAGCACUAACUCUGGUAAAAGACAAAAAGCUGAUUAUGUACACCGAUAGCCGGUAUGCUUUUGCCACGGCCCACAUACAUGGCGCCAUCUAUAAGGAAAGAGGGCUACUGACAGCCAAGGGAAAGACUAUAAAAAAUAAAGAAGAGAUAUUGGCCCUCAUUACUGCCCUAUGGUUGCCUAAGAAAUUGGCUACUGUCCACCAUCCAGGACAUCAGAAACCUAAGGACAUGGUAUCCUGA